UUUUUUUUUCUUUCUUUACAAUGUCAACGCUCAGCCAGGAUGCGAACAUCUCAUUGUCGAACGAAGUGCUCACGUUCACGGUCAAGUUGGUAGAAACGUCCGCCAUUCACGACUGGAAGAAUGCCGAGCACCUCAAUGCCGCAAUCCAGCGAGCAUCUUCCAAUAAAACCUACAACAAGGCCAAAUGCACGCUCACAGUGUCAAUGAAUGCAGUCAGGCUCACAACUGCGGACGGCACCGUGCUUCUGGAUACAAAACUCGCAAACAUCAUGGCGACCACCAUCAACAAGAUUGACAUGAAGAGCAAGCUGAUUUCCCUGACUGUAUUGCACACCGAGCCCGGCAGCCAACCUUUCGUUGCUUGGACACUGAAGCGCAGCGGAGCACCCGCCUUCACCAUGCACAAAUCCAUUGUCACCGUCUUCCAUGCCGCGUUUGCUCGCAUCCAAGACAACGCUUCCGGCAAUCACGAAGUGGAGACGGGCGCAUGAUUGCAAUUUGUGUUCGAGUUCUAUUUUUCGUUGUUCGAGUUUUCGUUAGUGUGUCGUUCGAGUGCAACUCGAUGCGUUUGUGACAGGGUGCACAACCAUCGGCUUGUCUUUGCAUCGCGUUUAUCCCAUAGUGUUUUUUUAAUCGGCUAGUCAUAACAUUUUCCACUUGGCAUUUACAUCAUUCAAUUUUUAUGACAGCG